AUGUGCAUCGCCCUCGGCCUCGUCGCUGAGGACGCGGAGGCGCGGCGCGUCGCCGUCGCGGCGCUUGCGGCACGCGCUGCGCCCGUCUUCCGCGGCAACAACGGCCCCUUCGUGGAGGUGUGGUUCGGCGAGCGCAAACUCUUCGGCCUCGUGGAGCGCGUGGCGCCGAGCGACUUGAUUCAGGUGGCCCAGGCGGAGGACGCCGCCGCCGACCGGCUGCGCGUGGCGCACAACGUCGCGUUUCUCCUCCACCUCGCGUCUGUGCCGCAUGCGACGCUGCCGGCGCGGCCGCGGCGCGAGGACGCGUUCGUGAACGGCGUGCACCUCGUCGUGGAGUACGCCGCGCUGCUGCGGCGCGGGAUGCGGGCGGAGGUCGUCGGCGUCGAGGCGGAGGCGGAGGCGGAGUACGUGCGUUUCUCCCCCGCCGCGUGA